GUCAAUGGCUUCUAGGUGUCAUACCUAUCUAUCACACAAUGUAAUUGCAGUUUAGGGGGAAAGGAUCAAAGUAUGGCGGAUUGCACAAACUAAAACAAACCAUGUGUAUUUGCGUAGUAUAAAGUGACCAUGGAUAAGUGGUGUUCUUUAAGCUCACAAUGACAUUACCAUCAUUAUACCUCUUGGUUGCUGUAUGUUUCUUUCCUCAUCAAUGUAAAGGGAGAAGUUUUUAUUCAAGAAGAACUUUUCGAAUAGGAGGAUUAAACCAGAAUGGUUUUCCGAUACCUACACCAACGUCUGGAAAUAUUCAAAAGGGGCAGAGCUUUUCUAACUGGAAUGGACGAAUUUCAAACAAAAAUCUUAGAAAUGUACCAACCGGAACAGUAGUUUUAACUUCAAGAACGACAAAUAUGGGAGGUCCUGGAAAAUCAACUACAAUAACCAGAACUAUAACACCAGGCAAAACGUCCGUGGUAAGGAAAAUUCAAAAUAUACCACAUAGUAGGUUUACUUCCCAAAGACGGAUAACACACACCGGAAGUAAUAAUAAUAAAAAUAUACCAGGCUCUAAAACAUUUCAAAAGAAAUGGUGGUCUCAAACAGUCAAUUCGUCAAGACAAGGUUCGAAUUCUCAGUCUUCAAUACAAAAGUCUAAUAAUCCGGUGUGGUCCAAAACUAUACAAAUACCAUCAUCAAAUAGUAAAAAUGUAGAUAUGUCUUCCAUUUUUAAUCAAAUGUUUUCAGGAAAUGUUGGAAACAAUAGUUCUAGAGAUUUUCCAUUUCCAAAGGAUUUUCUAUCAAAUCUUCCACCAGGAGCACUUGUCAAAAUUAGCUCCAGUUCCAGCUCAAGAGUUAUUCCCCAGGGUCGAGUAAUUCAGUCUAUUCGUCCAGGUGUUGGUAAACAGUUUACAAAAGUUGUAUCAACCAAUGGAAACCGAGGAAUCAAAUACGAUGAAGUCAACAAUCAACCAACAAAACAACGUGUUCUUCCUCAACCAAGUGCAUCAAUUAAGAGAGGGGUCAAAUGUGACAAGAAGCUCUGUGAGCACGAGAAGUAUAAUUUACUAGAAAAUCACAACAAGGCACGAAGGUCUGUUCGUCCAUCAGCAUCUAAUAUGAAGAAAUUGAUUUGGGACGUAGAUUUAGAAAGGAGAGCACAAAAGUAUGCUAAGAAGUGUAUCUGGACGCACGAUAAGAAGAGGUCUAAAAAUGCACCAUACAAAUACGUUGGACAGAACAUGCAUGCAAGAAGAGGAACAAGGGAUAUUUUAGCAGCUACCAAAAGUUGGGAAAAGGAACAGGAUCACUACAACAUUUACACCAAUAAUUGCGUACCUGGGGAAAUGUGCGGUCAUUAUACACAGAUGGUGUGGGCUGAUACGGAAACAGUUGGAUGUGCCAUGUGGAAGUGUCCAUAUAUACACAAUCUUGGUUGGAGGGACGCUUACAUUGUAGUUUGUGACUAUGGACCAGGUGGUAACAUUGGUGGAGAGAACCCAUAUAGAAUAGGACAGAAGUGUGCGGAAUGUAGCGAAAGUAACACUUCUUGCGACAAUGGACUAUGUGUUUGAGAAUUUGCUUAAUAUUUGGAGUUUAACAUUUGUGCGCGUUGGGACAUUGCGACUGUUUGAGUCACAUUUUUUGUAAACGCUUUUGUGUUUUGUCUUCUGCGUUUUGUUUUAUUGAUUUAGAAAAAUUGUAGUAUUG